UACAAUAUAUACUUACGUUAAAUAAAUAUUACAAAUAGAUACAAUAUAUACAAGAUAAAUAAUAUAUACAUAAUAUAAAAAAAAAGUAAAUACACAUUUACAGACUGUGAGCCCUACAACCUACUGCCACCUGAAUGCUGCUGUGCCAAUGCUUCGACUAUACUUCGAAGAUGGAUCUGACCAUCGCCUCAGCCUCCGGCUUUCACGACAGUCCAUCAUGUCCAUCAUCGCUGCGUUGAAGUCAGACUCUGACCAUGGCUGGGAAAAGGAUAUUGAGGUGCUGUUGUUCCUGUACUGGCUGGCUCAUGCAGCAUCAUAUCGGGUUGUAUCUCGUCACUUUGGGGAGAGAAUUUAUCAAAGCCCACCUUGAGAGCAUUGAGAAUGACUAGAUAGACGAGUAGUAGACGAGAGUAUUCAGAUUAUAGCACAGAUUAUAGAUAAAUAGAUAGAUAGACUAGAUAUAUAGAUAGAUAGACAGACAAAUAGAUAGAGAGAUAUCGACCAACAGUGACCCAAACGCACUCACUUCCCUACAGCACAAGCUUUCCAACCCAGUUUAAAGCCCAUCUUUCAAGUUGAAGAUCAUUGUGAAUGAACGUGUAGAUAAAUAGUGUAGGAACUGGACUUCCGUUAAGAAAUUAAUCAUAAAUUGGCAUUAAAACAGUUUUUUAAAAGAAAUUGUGAUUAAAAUUACUUCCAUUGUGAAAAACGCUCUGAUCGGAAGUGACGCAACGGCUGGUAAACAUCGUCUCUUGGUAAUGGAGUCAGACAGUGAAGAGGUUGCAGUUGGCAUAAAUGUCAACUCUUACGAUGGGCCAUUGCCGUAUAAUUUCGAGCCGCCUAGACGAGAGAGUGGUCAGGUAGAGUUAAGGGGAAGGGUAAAUGGACAGAGGAGAGAGAUAGAGUCGUGGUGUGAGGAGAAUCGGUUGAGAAUUGGGCAGGUGUCUUGGUGAGUGACAACAGGCGAUAGCUAAUUGUGGCUAACGUUGUCUCCAUGUUUAUCACAUUGCAGUAUCUUUAAUAAAUCAUAUUUAGCAAUAUUGCUGUCGACUUUGUUGUUUUUCAAGCAUCCAUGUAGAUUGUCACCAUCUAUGCCAGCAACAUGUGUCUUAAAAUAAUUAAUUUAGAUCCCAGAUUUUAAAUGAAUGUUGUAGGAUGUAGGCUAUAGCUUACAUCUGUGACGGUCAGCUAGUCUGGAUAGGGAUAGAAAUUCUGUGCAUUUCUACACAACAUAGUUUAUCGUGACAUUUUGUAGAAAUAGACUACUUGCACGUAGAUUCGUGACGUACUUCCGCUUUGAAGUAAUAGAGCUCGCUGAGUUCCGGUUGUCGGCCAUUGUUUUGCCGUUUGGAGAAAAUGUUACAAAAAAGUGUGUUUAUAGAUUUCAGAGACAGGAGAAGGUAUAGAGCGCAUACUGUUGUGUUCCGCUAUGUACAUCUUCUGCAAAGUUCAACGGAACUUUAAGUUUUCACAGUUUUCCUGCAGAUGUCGACCUUAGAAAACGGUGGCUUGUGAACAUACGUCGAGACGAUUUUUGUCCUACCAGCAAUUCUAAGGUUUGCAGUAAACAUUUUAGCAUUGAUCAGUUUAGUGAACCGCAAACACCAGAGGCACGGAGAAAGUUAGUAACUGGUGCUGUGCCAGUGCUCUUUGCCUGGAAUAAUUACACAGUUAAAGCACUGUGGCCCAGUGUGUGGGAGAGGAAAGAGAGGCCUGCCGAAGUGGUAUCCGCUGAACCCUUACCCAUGGAUGUAACGAUGGAUCAUGAUUACUGUAGCAUUCCUGAGCCUUCUUCAUUAGACCUGGCAUGUACUAAAGUAGAAGAACUCUCUAAUGAAGUGGAGGAACUGAAAAAACAGCUACAUGAGCUACACGUUCAGCGUGGUUUCGGAUUGGAGCGGUUUGCCGGAUGAGAUGAGGACAUCAGAUUUUACACAAGGUUUCCCAGCUACCAUCACCUGAUGUCGUUCUGGUGGCUUAUAGAGCCAUCCAUACACAAAAUCAUUCGUGUGUCCAGAUCGAAAUCUGCUGCCAGAAAGCAUGAAGAUGUCACACGUGUACUGCCACCAUCAGAGAGACAGCUGCUGCAGCCAAUUGAUGAGUUUUUUCUUUUCCUUAUCUACUUGUCAGUUGGUUUAAAGGAGAGAGACCUGGCACACCGAGUUCAUAUGCAUCCUUCCACAGUGAGCAGAAUAAUUUCGACGUGGACAAACUACCUCUAUACACUGCUGGGAUCAGUGUGUGUGUGGCUUUCAGCAGCUGAAGUGAAAUCUAACCUCCCUGAAGAGUUCACGGAUUUCCCAGACACACAGGUCAUCAUUGACUGCACUGAGAUCAGAUGUCAAACACAGUCCUCACCACUACUCCAAAGUGAAAUGUACUCAAAUUACAAAUCUCACUGCACAAUGAAAGGCCUCACUGGAAUAGCUCCUCAUGGACCAGUGACAUUUGUCUCUCAGCUUUAUGCUGGGUCAAUGAGUGACAUGGAGCUCUUUAAACAGUGUGGGAUAACAAAAAGACUGACAGAAGACAUGGCAGUUAUGGUUGAUAAAGGCUUUUUGAUUAGUGACUGUGUCAGUUGCAAAGUGUACUGUCCACCGUUUCUCUCCAGGUUAAAGCAGAUGCCAGCACAUCAGGUGAAAGAAACACAAGCAAUAACUAGACUGCGUGUGCAUGUGGAACGAGUCAUUAGGAGGAUCAAACAAAACAAACUUUUUGAUUGUGUCAUCACCCUUUCCCACAGUGUUAACAUUAAUCAAUGUUUUACAGUCGCAUAUCUGUUGUCAAAUUACUCUUAUAUGACAAAUAACUCUUAUAUGACUGUUUACUUUGAGUACUGGUAUGCUAUUUUACAUUUAUGGCUUACUUUAACUCAGUGAUCCUCAAAUAUGGCUCGCGAGACUUUCCUGCAUGCUAAUCAAUGUCUUUAGGAUCAUUAGAAAAUCACAGGCAGGUGUGUUUGAUUAUGGUUACAGUGAAAAUCUGAAGGAAAGUGGAUCUCGCGACCCA